AUGCAAGAACACCACAUCCUCAUCCUCGGCGCCGGCUGGACGUCCACCUUCCUCAUCCCCAUCCUCCGCGCUCGCAACCUCUCCUUCGUAGCCACUACCCGUGACGGCCGCGAAGUAGCAGGCGCGAAGACGAUCAAAUGGUCCUUCGACCCGGAACAGGACUCGAUCAGCAAGGACAAGAACCAGUUCUCAGACCUCCCGCUGGCUAAGCACGUCCUCAUCACAUUCCCUCUCACCGGCGAAGGCCAGAGUAAAACUCUAGUCAACGGCUACCAGCACGCGUUCAAGGGCAAGGGUGUACGGUUCAUCCAGCUCGGUAGCACGGGUAUCUGGUCAGGCGCAGCGCCGGGAUGGGUAGACCGGCACUCGUCUUACAACACCGACAACUCUCGCGCAAUUGCGGAGGAUGAGUUGUUGGGGCUGGACGGCUGCGUACUCAAUCUUGCUGGAUUAUGGGGAGGCGAGCGUCAGAUACGCAACUACGUCGGAAGAGUAGCGAAGACAAAGGAGGAUGUCAAGGGGAAGGGGAGUCUGCAUAUGAUUCAUGGCCAGGACGUCGCAAGGGUGGUGUUGGCGGUUUGUGAGAAGUGGGAGAAAGGUCGAGGCGAAAGGUGGAUGGUAACAGAUGGUUUUGUGUACGACUGGUGGGCUCUAUUCGCCGGUUGGGCGGCCGACGCAGAGGACAAGGAUGGGGAUAAGGAGGACCCAGAGCCUUCACCACAGGCGAAGUGGGUGUAUGAGUUGAUGACAGAGGAGAAUAUUAGAGCUCUGCCGCGGAGUAUGGAAACCUUGGGACGGUCCUACGAUGUGCGCGAGCUCUGGCGGACGUUUGGGCUUGCGCCGCUGAGGGCGAGGAUAUGA